GAGGCGGCGGGGGAAGAUGCGCGGCACUGGCUGGCAGACGCUGUCCCUGUCGCUGGGGUUAGUGUUGGCGGUCCUGAACAAGGUGGCGCCGCAGGCGUGCCCGGCGCAGUGCUCCUGCUCGGGCAGCACUGUGGACUGUCACGGGUUGGCACUGCGCAGUGUGCCCAGGAAUAUACCCCGCAACACAGAGAGACUGGAUUUGAAUGGAAAUAACAUCACACGGAUUACGAAGACAGAUUUUGUGGGCCUUAGACACUUAAGAGUUCUUCAGCUUAUGGAGAACAAGAUUACCACCAUUGAAAGGGGAGCAUUCCAGGAUCUUAAAGAACUAGAGAGACUGCGUUUAAACAGAAAUCACCUUCAACUGUUUCCUGAGUUGCUGUUUCUUGGGACCUCGAAGCUAUACAGGCUUGAUCUGAGUGAAAACCAAAUUCAGGCAAUUCCGAGGAAGGCUUUCCGUGGGGCAGUUGAUAUUAAAAAUUUGCAACUGGAUUACAACCAGAUCAGCUGUAUUGAAGAUGGGGCAUUCAGGGCUCUCCGGGACCUGGAAGUGCUCACUCUCAACAAUAACAACAUUACUAGGCUUUCUGUGGCAAGUUUCAACCAUAUGCCUAAACUUAGGACUUUCCGACUCCAUUCAAACAACCUGUACUGUGACUGCCACCUGGCCUGGCUUUCCGACUGGCUUCGCCAAAGGCCCCGGGUGGGCCUGUACACUCAGUGCAUGGGCCCUUCUCACCUGAGAGGCCAUAAUGUCGCAGAGGUUCAAAAACGAGAAUUUGUCUGCAGCGGUCAUCAGUCGUUCAUGGCUCCUUCCUGUAGUGUGUUGCACUGCCCGGCUGCUUGUACCUGUAGCAACAAUAUUGUAGACUGUCGCGGUAAAGGUCUCACUGAGAUCCCCACAAACCUGCCAGAGACUAUCACAGAAAUACGUUUGGAACAGAACUCAAUCAAGGUCAUUCCUCCUGGAGCAUUCUCACCAUAUAAAAAGCUUAGAAGAAUUGACCUGAGCAAUAAUCAGAUCUCUGAACUUGCACCUGAUGCUUUCCAAGGACUGCGUUCUCUGAAUUCACUUGUUCUCUAUGGAAAUAAAAUCACAGAACUUCCCAAAAGUUUAUUUGAAGGACUAUUUUCCUUACAGCUACUAUUAUUGAAUGCCAACAAGAUAAACUGCCUUCGGGUAGAUGCUUUUCAGGAUCUCCACAACUUGAACCUUCUCUCCUUGUAUGACAACAAGCUUCAGACCAUCGCCAAGGGGACCUUCUCGCCUCUCCGGGCCAUUCAAACUAUGCAUUUGGCCCAGAACCCCUUUAUUUGUGACUGCCAUCUCAAGUGGCUGGCGGAUUAUCUCCAUACCAACCCGAUUGAGACCAGUGGUGCCCGCUGUACCAGCCCCCGCCGCCUGGCAAACAAAAGGAUUGGACAGAUCAAAAGCAAGAAAUUUCGUUGUUCAGCUAAAGAACAGUAUUUCAUUCCAGGUACAGAAGAUUAUCGAUCAAAAUUAAGCGGAGACUGCUUUGCAGACUUGGCUUGCCCUGAAAAGUGCCGCUGUGAAGGGACCACAGUAGAUUGCUCCAAUCAAAAACUCACCAAAAUCCCGGACCACAUUCCCCAGUACACUGCAGAGCUCCGUCUCAAUAAUAAUGAAUUCACAGUAUUGGAAGCCACAGGAAUCUUUAAGAAACUUCCUCAGUUACGUAAAAUCAACUUUAGCAACAAUAAGAUCACAGAUAUUGAGGAGGGAGCAUUCGAAGGAGCAUCUGGGGUAAAUGAAAUACUCCUCACCAGUAACCGUUUGGAGAGUGUUCGGCAUAAGAUGUUCAAGGGAUUGGAAAGUCUCAAAACUUUGAUGUUGAGAAGUAAUCGAAUAAGCUGUGUGGGGAAUGACAGUUUCAUAGGACUCAGUUCCGUGCGUUUGCUUUCUUUAUAUGACAAUCAGAUUACCACGAUUGCACCAGGGGCAUUUGACACUCUCCAUUCUUUAUCUACUCUAAACCUCUUGGCCAAUCCUUUUAACUGUAACUGCUACCUGGCUUGGUUGGGAGAGUGGCUCAGGAAGAAAAGAAUUGUAACUGGAAAUCCUCGGUGCCAGAAACCAUACUUCCUCAAAGAAAUCCCCAUCCAGGACGUGGCCAUUCAGGACUUCACUUGUGAUGAUGGAAAUGAUGACAACAGCUGUUCCCCACUCUCUCGCUGUCCUACGGAAUGUACUUGCUUGGAUACAGUGGUCCGAUGUAGCAACAAGGGCUUGAAGGUCUUGCCCAAAGGUAUUCCAAGAGAUGUCACAGAGUUAUAUCUGGAUGGGAAUCAAUUUACACUGGUUCCCAAGGAACUCUCUAACUACAAACAUUUAACACUUAUAGACUUAAGUAACAACAGAAUAAGCACCCUUUCCAAUCAAAGCUUCAGCAACAUGACCCAGCUUCUCACCCUAAUUCUCAGUUACAACCGUCUGAGAUGUAUUCCUUCACGAACCUUCGAUGGAUUGAAGUCUCUUAGAUUACUUUCUCUACAUGGAAAUGACAUUUCUGUUGUGCCUGAAGGUGCUUUCAAUGAUCUUUCAGCAUUAUCACACUUAGCAAUUGGAGCCAACCCUCUUUACUGUGAUUGUAACAUGCAGUGGCUCUCCGACUGGGUGAAGUCGGAGUAUAAGGAACCUGGAAUUGCUCGCUGUGCUGGUCCUGGAGAAAUGGCAGAUAAACUGUUACUCACAACUCCCUCCAAAAAAUUUACAUGUCAAGGCCCUGUUGAUGUCAACAUUCUAGCUAAGUGUAAUCCCUGCUUAUCAAAUCCCUGUAAAAAUGAUGGCACCUGUAACAAUGAUCCAGUUGACUUUUAUCGAUGUACCUGCCCCUAUGGCUUCAAGGGGCAGGAUUGCGAUGUGCCAAUUCAUGCAUGCAUCAGUAACCCAUGUAAACAUGGAGGAACUUGCCAUUUGAAAGAAGGGGGAAAAGAUGGAUUCUGGUGUAUCUGUGCUGAUGGUUUUGAAGGAGAAAAUUGUGAAGUCAAUGUUGAUGAUUGUGAAGACAAUGACUGUGAAAAUAAUUCUACAUGUGUUGAUGGGAUCAAUAACUACACAUGCCUUUGCCCACCUGAGUACACAGGCGAGUUGUGUGAGGAGAAGCUGGACUUCUGUGCCCAGGACCUGAACCCAUGCCAGCAUGACUCCAAGUGCAUCCUGACGCCAAGGGGGUUCAAGUGUGAUUGCACACCAGGAUACAUUGGUGAACACUGUGACACUGACUUUGAUGACUGCCAAGAUAACAAGUGUAAGAAUGGUGCCCACUGCACAGAUGCAGUGAAUGGUUAUACAUGCAUCUGCCCAGAAGGUUACAGUGGCUUGUUCUGUGAGUUUUCUCCACCCAUGGUCCUCCCUCGUACCAGCCCCUGCGAUAAUUUCGAUUGUCAGAAUGGAGCUCAGUGCAUCAUCAGGAUAAAUGAGCCAAUAUGUCAGUGUUUACCUGGAUACCAGGGAGAGAAGUGUGAAAAAUUGGUCAGUGUAAAUUUUGUAAACAAAGAGUCCUAUCUUCAGAUUCCUUCAGCCAAGGUCCGACCUCAGACAAACAUCACACUUCAGAUCGCCACAGAUGAGGACAGCGGCAUCCUCCUGUACAAGGGGGACAAAGACCAUAUUGCUGUGGAGCUCUACCGAGGGCGAGUUCGUGCCAGCUACGACACCGGCUCUCAUCCGGCUUCUGCCAUUUACAGCGUGGAGACGAUCAAUGAUGGAAACUUUCACAUCGUGGAACUGCUUGCACUGGAUCAGAGUCUUUCCCUCUCCGUCGAUGGGGGAAGCCCCAAAAUCAUCACCAACUUGUCAAAACAGUCUACUCUGAAUUUUGACUCUCCACUCUACGUAGGAGGCAUGCCAGGGAAGAACAAUGUGGCAUCUCUGCGCCAAGCCCCUGGGCAGAAUGGCACCAGCUUCCAUGGCUGCAUCCGGAACCUCUACAUCAACAGUGAGCUGCAGGACUUCCGGAAGGUGCCCAUGCAGACAGGCAUUCUGCCGGGCUGUGAGCCGUGCCACAAGAAGGUGUGUGCCCAUGGCAGGUGCCAGCCCAGCAGCCCAUCAGGCUUCACGUGCGAGUGUGAGGAAGGAUGGAUGGGCCCCCUCUGUGACCAGCGGACCAAUGACCCCUGUCUUGGAAAUAAAUGCGUACAUGGCACGUGCUUGCCCAUCAAUGCCUUCUCCUACAGCUGUAAGUGCCUGGAGGGCCACGGAGGUGUCCUCUGUGAUGAAGAAGAGGAUCUUUUCAAUCCCUGCCAGACGGUCAAGUGCAAGCAUGGGAAGUGCAGGCUCUCGGGACUCGGACAGCCCUACUGUGAAUGCAGCAGUGGAUACACUGGGGACAGCUGCGACCGAGAAAUCUCUUGUCGAGGGGAACGGAUAAGAGAUUAUUACCAAAAGCAGCAGGGCUACGCAGCCUGCCAAACCACCAAGAAGGUCUCACGCCUGGAAUGUAAAGGCGGGUGUGCAGGGGCCCAGUGCUGUGGGCCUCUGAGGAGCAAGCGGCGGAAAUACUCUUUCGAAUGCACGGACGGGUCCUCCUUUGUGGAUGAGGUUGAGAAGGUGGUAAAGUGUGGCUGCACGCGGUGUGCGUCCUAGGCGUGGUCCCAGCACCUUCCACCUCUGACACAGGUUGUCUACUUCUUGACCGUGUUGGACUAAUUUAUGCUUCAUAGUGGAAAUAUUUGAAAUAUAUUGUAAAAUACAGAACGGACUUAUUUUUAUUAUGAGAAUAAAGACUUUUUUUCUGCAUUUGAAAAAAAAUAAUAAUAAAAUAAAAGACUUGCUUAAACUAAAGCUUCCCCUACACUGGAGAAGUGUGAAGAAAGUUAUACGUGGUGGCAUUACAGCAACCGUGGGAACGGUUGCAACACAGAUCUGUCUUUGCAACAAGCUGAAGACUCGCAGAAGCACAUAGAGACUGAGGAGCUACUGUGCACCGACCUGUACUUGCCCAGAGCAUAAAAUGUGUGUCCCACCUUCACAUCAAGCACAAGUGUGUGAGUGAGACUGCCAGGCAGGGGGUGGAAUUCCAGAAUUUACAGAAAGAGCAAGCUGAUAAGAAAUAUUUUGUGCAAAAUAUAAAGUAUCCUGAAGAUCUGGGUUCCAUUCAUGAAAGGACUGGGAGUGAAGUGCUGACUCACCCUACCUUCUUUCUAAAUGUCCGCAGAAGCAGCACACAAAAGUGUUCAUCUACCAUUUUCCAGUAUUAAUUUUUUGUAAUAUAAACGAUAAAGGAGAUGAUAAAGAACCAAUAGAUUAUUGAUAAAUAAAUUAGUAAUAAUAUGAAUUUUUGUUUCUAUGACUUCUAAACAGCCCUAUACAGUAUUCAGUUUCAAUGAGGAAUAUUUAUUGUAUCAAAGUACAUUGUACUUAACGUUUUAGGCCAUUCUUUUGCUGUUUCUUGAUGCUUUAAUAUAUAUUAAUUUAUAAUUAUCCUGAUUUUUUUGUACAUUUUUCAAACUUAAAUAUCAGGAUUUUUUUUUUUUAUUUUUUGGCAAUAGUACUAACAUAGGUUUAUCUUGGGAUAAAUAUGUGUUGGUUUGUUGAUUGACCUGAACAUCCGACCACUGGUGUCACAGACCUAUUGGCCUCAUUUAGGACAGCUGCAAAGAGCAUGCAGAGUAAGAGUAGGAAAAGGACAUCUGUGUGAGACAGUCAUCAUAUAGGAAGAAGUGGCCCCUCUACACGUCUUUACAGAAGAAAAAUGGUGUGUAGCAAUUGACACUAGAAAGUAGACCUUUUACAAAUUAAUAUCUCCUUGACAUUUUUUUGCCCUUUUAUUGAUUGGUGGGGAGGGAAACUGUCAUGUCAAAAACUGUAAUUUUUUUUCCAAAAAUAAAACUCCUUUAUUACCUUCAUGUUCCCAUGUUAACAUAUUUGCUGCUAAAUUACAUUGUAGAAUUGAUGAGGAUCUAUAGUGGACUCUGCUUUUCCCUCACUAAAAUCCCAGGGUGCCCUGUAAUGAUGCAGAUGUUUCUCCCCCAACCCCCCAAAAAAAUCUUUUUUAAAAAAGAAAAUUAGAUGUACGUGUAUAAUUCAGUGUGCUUUGUCUUUCUCCAGACUAAUAUCAGUUACACUACUGAUGUUUGUAAAUUAAACAGAUAUUUACUUCAUUAA